UGAUGAACGGCUUUUAGACAUCACACAUGUUGUGAAACACAAACAGUGUGGCACACCAGUGACGUGGGAUGCCUGAAGAUGCAUUUGAAUUGUCAGUGCAAUAAUGGACCGUUAAAAUCACUUAAAAGGGUGGUGGUUGGGUUAAGAGAGAGGAGGUGCUUUGCAACUUUGACCUCCCCUCUUCAAGUUAAAAUGCAGGGCACAGUGUGUUCGUCCCACCUGACUUCUUAGUCAAAGCAUGUGAUGUUUAUCUUGGCUCUACGAAAGGCAUCGCUAUUUCAUCGAACAACCAAAUUCAUCUUGAAGAGGUGGAUGUUUUAAUUCGCAUGUGGUUGCUGGAAGCACUCUGCUAAAGUAUAAACCAGUAGUGGAUAUAAUUUGUGAAUGAGGAAAGGAGUCUGGGAUUGUAGUUUAUUCUACGUGUCAGCUUUCCUUGGUUACUAUUAACAAUGGUUGGCUCAAAAGGCCAAUGGACUUUGGAUGAGUAGACCUAAAUGGGAGCAAAAACGGACAGAGUCAGUCUGCCACUAUGGCAGCUUGUGCUCUGAACAGCCUGAUAAUGAUGAACCCCAACAACCUGACCAAUAAGGGCAGCCCUCGGACAGCAAGGCCUGUGCUCCCAGUGCCCAGUCAUUCUACAUUUAGCCCGGUGCUGGGGGGUAAUGGAGGUCCCUUUAGCCCUGGCAACCUGAGCCCUCGGUCAGCAGGAAAAUGCUUUGUUUUCCCAACAGGUAGCGGUUCCAGUUGCCAAAGGACACAUUCACCAUGUCGACGGCCAGAAUUGCUGGGCGUGCAUGUGGGAAGUCGUGUACGAAGACUGAGUGGGUCCGGCCUGGAGGACGAGCAGGAGAAUGAAGAACGGCGUGCCGCUCAUCAACUUGAGCGUCACAUAGAACUGCAGGACGUGGAGGUGAACAAGAAGGUGGACCUGUUUGAGGCCCAAAUAUCGGCUCAUAGAAGCCCACAGAUUUCUAGGAAAACUCCCCUGAAUUCUGUCCCUGUCCAACGUGCCAAUCUCUCCUUAAACCCAGAGGAAACACUUGUGACGCAGUACAAGGAUCACUCAACAGGGAUCCCCAAAGAAGUGCAAAAUGGAAAGCGCUUCUCCGGCAUGGAGGAGGGGCUGCAGGUCAGCGGUGAAGAGAAGGACAGGGCUGACCCAAAUACAGAAGAGGGUGGCUCACUUGAGAGCACAUCAGCAGGAACUAAGAUCAUAGCUGACAGACCUACUUCCAAUCACUCAAGGACUUCAUCAGAGGCCAAUAAGUGCUCAGCAUUUUGGACUGAGACAUGUUUGACAAAGGUGGUAGUUGAGCCAAAAGAAACUCAGGCAGAGCCCGACGGGGUCAGUCCUGAGGUGGGCUGCAUCCCCGCUGUCAUUAUUACGGACCACGGCAUGGAGGUCAGCGGGGAGGGCAAGGAGCCCCAGGUUAGUCCUCAACCUUACAGAGCCUUGAGGAAGCUCUCCUCUUCUUCAGCCUCGUCAACGGGAUUCUCCUCUUCCUGGGAGGAAUCAGAGGAUGACAUUUCCAGCGACACAGAGCGGUCCCCAGCCUUCCUGCAGACACAACAGAAAGCGCAUAAAUCAUGGAAGAAGAUCAAGAAUAUGGUGCAUUGGUCACCAUUUGUGAUGUCCUUCAAGAAGAAGUACCCUUGGAUCCAGCUGGCAGGCCAUGCAGGCAAUUUCAAGGCAGGGGCCAAUGGUCGCAUCCUGAAGAAACACUGUGAGUGUGAGCAGCAAUGUCUCGAUAGGCUAAUGAAAGAUGUGCUAAAGCCCUACGUUCCUGCUUACCACGGAGAUGUAGAAAAGGAUGGAGAGCGUUACAAUCAGAUGGAGGACUUGCUGGCAGACUUUGACCUACCCUGUGUCAUGGACUGCAAGAUGGGCGUCAGGACAUAUUUGGAAGAAGAACUGACGAAAGCCAGGAAGAAGCCCAGCUUGAGAGCUGACAUGUACCAAAAGAUGAUCGAGGUGGACCCCGAUGCACCCACGGCACUGGAGCAUGACCAGAAAGCAGUCACUAAGCCACGCUACAUGCAGUGGAGGGAAACCAUCAGCUCCACCGCCACGCUAGGCUUCCGGAUCGAGGGCAUCAAGAAUGAGGAUGGAACAGUAAACAGGGACUUUAAAAAGACUAAGACCCGAGAACAAGUGACUGAGGCCUUCCAAGACUUCGUCAAAGGAAACAAAAACAUUCUGCAUUCCUAUCUGAACCGACUAAAAGAGAUCAGGGACACUUUGGAAAUUUCACGGUUUUUCAAAACGCACGAGGUGAUUGGCAGUUCUCUGCUUUUCGUCCAUGACCAACGGGAGCAGGCAAAAGUGUGGAUGAUAGACUUUGGGAAGACUACUCCAUUGCCAGAGGGGGAGGAGCUGAGCCACAGUGCCACCUGGGUGGAGGGUAACAGAGAAGAUGGCUACCUCUACGGCCUAGACCACCUCAUAGACAUUAUUUCUAAUAUGCUAGCUCCUAAACCUCCACUAGAGUAAAAGGAUUCCAUCUUCUACACUACAGUUCAAGACCCAAUCCUAACUGAUCGCCCUGUCUCACCAAAAAAGAAAACUGUUCAAACAAAGUUAAAACAAAAAUGCCAGCCGCGAUGGCCUUUAAAACGAGUGUGCACGUUUGUAAACUUGUAGAUGCUGUAUAUAUAGUGUAAAUGCCAGUGUUUUAGUUCAGAACAUGUGUGAAUAGGAUUUUUGCAGCUGGCGCUUUAACAGACAUGUGAAUCUUAAAGCCACACUCUCUUAACGUGCAUUCUUUUCAACAUGCUAGUGUUACGGAAACUGUAACUUACAGCUAUGUUUUACUCAAUGUUAUCAGUUUAAUAUUUAGGUUUUUUUUUUAUUUUAGUCUACACAAAUACCAUUUUUAUUUGAAACAAAAAUUUAAUUAAAAAUUACAAACGUUAAAAACUAUAACAAUCCAAUUGACCUCUAGAUAUUCAUAUUUGCAGGAUUCUAACAAUAUCUGUUUUUUACCCUGUUAAGAUAUAAUGUAAGUAGAGUUCAAAUACAUCAUUUAUACUGAGUGCCUUUAGUAGAACAAAUGAUCCCAUUUGGUGAUUGGUCUUAUGUUGUGCUUUAUACUUACAUUCUUCAUUUUGACAUUCCUUGAAUUCAGUAGCCAUUUUUUUGCCUAGGGCUGGGUAUCAACACAGAUUUUCCAAAUAAGAUUCAGAUUGAUUUGGGUAUACAUCAUUUCGGUUUUAUUGUCUAUUCUCUCUGUUAAAGCUGUAAAACAUUCAGGGGAGCAUUUUAGACUAAUUUAAACUAGGGACUCACCUUUUGAGCUAUUAAUUAAAACAAGUCAUUUGUUUCAGGAAUCUCUCUACACUAGGUGCGCCACAAGUUUUUUGAUUUGCUAGAAGGAAGUGACUCAUUAGCGUCAUUCAUUUUGGGAGUCAAGCUAGAAGUUUGCGAUUCAUUUUUGAAUUUACUCCCACAGGAUUCUGUGUCACUCCUGUUAAAAGUAAGAAUUAGCCUACCAGUCACGCUAUGUGUUUCUGUUAAGUCGCUAAGAUUCACUAAUAAGACUUCGAUUCAUGGACAAGAUUCUGAUUUGCGGCUCAUAAGAACCAUUUCUUUGUGAAUCUCACUACACUGGUAAAAUGAGAAAUUGAGAAAAACUCAAUAGAAAGACGUUUCCCGACAUCAUUUCAUAAUACAAAGUCAUUUUUAUUGCAUCAUUCUCAAAACAGACUGCAAACUCACUUUAUCAACUAUGACACACUGGAAAAUAUGAUUACUUUUGCCAUGUCCCUGCUGUUGAAUCUGUAAUGAGUAAAAUCGAAAAGUAAAGGCCUGUUCACACCAGAAACAAUAACUAUAACGAUCUGUUUAUUGUUAGCAUGCACUGCAGGUUUGCCGUCUGCUGUUUUAAAUGAUUGAGCUCUUUAGAGCAUGAUGGAUUCUGAUUGGCUCUCAAUUGUUUUUAUCAUUCAUCAGCUGGAAAAAUGAUUUCUAAAAGAGAUUCCAAUGCUAUUGUUCCUCUGUGUCAUUAUCAUUUUAGUUUUGCUGUCGACUCAGCUAUUCUUAAAUUUACAACGAUUUAAAAAUAUAUAUCUAUAUUUCUUAUAGUCCUUGGUAUGACUUCAUCAUCACUUCAGCAGAACAGUGUCACAUCUUUAGGAUGGGAAGUGUGGUGCAAUUUGAAUAACUGAAAUCUGAAUUGUUCAAAUCAACAUUAAUUGGAGAAUGUGUAUUUUUACCCAGCCCUAUGCCCAAAAUAAUCAACUGAGCGCAAAGGUUUUUCUCAGGAAGUGGCUCCCAUUCAAGAAGACUAUUAAUCUGUCAUCUCUGGUAUGUUUUCAAGUUCUCUUUCAAAACACAGACUCAACGAACUUUUGUCUUUGAAUUUACAGUAAGGGCUGCAAGCUUCAACUAACCCUGGAGUCACUAUGGUGACCUUGUCUAUUCGGUUAAAACAAGAACUUAUAUAUAUAUAUAUAUAUAUAUAUAUAUAUAUAUAUAUAUAUAUAUAUAUUUUUUUUUUUUUUUUUUUUUACACAGACUGUCACCUUAACUCGCACAUCUGUUGACCAAAAAUUUCAACCAUUCCAUGCAUGUUCAAACAUUGCGAAUGCUCACAAGAGCCUUAAGGAACGUUCUUCCUUUGAAAAGUGCUCGAUGCAAUGCCUCAGAAUGCUGAGUCGCCACUCUUCAGAGCGUAUCAUGUUUGAGAGAGAUGAUUGUUGUUUGCAUGAAUAUUUGCCAUGCAAAUUAACUAUCCCUGCAUAGCCCCAAACAAUGAGAUAAUACUCCAAGCAAAACAUGGCUGGAGAUAAAAUCUAAUUUGUUGGUCAGUAUGGAAACCAUGUGCUGACACCAGCAUAAACGCAAUCAGUGAUUAGUGGUUGUUGAUUUAGCCCGAGGCGAGGAACACCUAGGGCAGACCCACACGUCGGGACGUCAACACGACGCACUCCAGUCACAGUAAAGGCAGAGGGGUUAUCGAGAGGCCUCCAACCAAAUGUCACCACGUGUUUUUACCCAUCAUUUAUUUAUGAGAUUUUGCUGUUGUUAUAAAUGACCUUUUACGAAUGCAAAAGGAAUAGAGAGGACAGAAGGUUAAUGGAGGGGGUGGUGUGGAAACAUUUCUCAGAUCCCUGUCCCAUAGCCACAGUUCCCUAAACAUGCUUAAAAUGGGUAGGCAAAAUGAAAUAGAUCAAAUCAUAGCUGCUGUUAGUGUUUUUUUAUUAGGCUUACCUUACAUCAACUGUCCUCACAACCUGACCAUGGGAGAAAUAAUACUUCUCUUCUGGUUCUGUAAUCAGCUACAAAUAUUGCUGUUAGUUAGCCAAGAGAGAAAAAAAAACUAAUAAUAAGAUCCCUUAAGAAAUGUGACUCACUUAAAACAUAAAUAAUUGUACAAUUAAACACUUGUGAGGAGAAAUAACGCUUCUCUCUUCUGGCAGCCAAAACAGCCAAAAAACUGCAGUUAGCCAAGAGAGAGAAACAUAUUGGAGAUGGCUAAACAUGGCUACUUUAAAGAAACAUACUUCUUGCCAUAAUAAUAGUGUAGGAAUGACAUAUAUUACAAGAUGUGUAUCACAAACCUGAAAAUGAAAGAAAAAGGUGACUAGUUUGGAAACCAACAAUAUUUUAGCUUUUAGAGGUGUAAUUAAAAAUGCUUACAGCAGCUUUAAUCAGGUCUAAGAGGUUUCAGAUUUGAUAAUGCUCCCCAAAUUACUUUUAUUUAAAUUUUUAUUUACUAAAUCUUAAAGUAAGAUGUACUUUCUCCCUAGAGAAGUUGAAAAAAUGGAAGUAGGGCUUCCCCUGCUGUUUAUGGUGCUGUAUUACAGAGAACAAAACAAAACUGACCAAGUCCUUCAUCUUGCCCUUGAUGUUUUACAUGUCAUGCCAUAUUUGUGAGGUGUCAAAAACGGUGGGAAUUUCUAGUGGUGUCAUACGCAUACUUUUAUUUAUAUUUUGCACAAGAACACUAAAUGUAGCUGCAUUGUUUUACUCUUCUUGUUUGUUUGGCUUGGUGAUAUAGCAGUUCACACUAAUGUAAGCUAAGCUCAUUGCUGUGUAAAUAUGCAAAUGUCUUCAGAGUGUGCUCUGUCUCUUUAAGGAAAUAAAUCUCUGAAACCAGUGA